AUGACUACAGAAGCAAAUAAAAAACAAAAAUUAGAAGCAACAGAUAAUUUAAAAGUAUAUUUAAGAUCAGAAAAAGGUAAAAUACCAACAAAAGGUUCAAUAUUAGCAGCAGGUUAUGAUUUAUAUUCAUCAGAAGAAGCAAUAAUACCAGCUCAAGGUCAAGGAUUAGUAAGUACAGAUAUUUCAAUUAUAGUCCCAAUAGGAACAUAUGGAAGAGUAGCACCAAGAUCUGGAUUAGCUGUUAAACAUGGUAUUUCAACUGGUGCAGGAGUUAUUGAUGCUGAUUAUAGAGGUGAAGUUAAAAUUGUUUUAUUUAAUCAUUCUAAAAAGGAUUUUGAAAUUAAACAAGGUGAUAGAAUUGCUCAAUUAGUAUUGGAAAGAAUUGUUAAUGCUGAAAUUGAAGAAAUUAGUUUGGCUGCUUUAACUAGUACUGAUCGUGGUGAUGGGGGAUUUGGAUCAACUGGGAAAAAUUAA